AUUUGUUUACGAUUGUAAAAUAGUCGGCACCUUCCAAUGAAGAAACGUCAGUUUCUACUGAAAUGUCAAAUUGCAUUUUAGCGUUAUGGAUAGUUCACAAUAAACUUGAACUACGAUAAGAAAAAUUAAUAUAGUGAGCUUAGUUGCUUGCCAAACAUAAAUUAGUACACCAACGAAUUAAAUAAAUUACACUAUACCAGGGAAGGAUUAUAAUAAUUAGAAUUAUUUAAUUAUUGGAAUAAAUAUGGAGCUAAAAUACCCACGCAGUUAUAGAUAUUAAUGAUGUGCAGGUAGAAACGGAUGAAAUGUCACAAUUGCUGCUGGAAAUUAUGGAUAAAUUUCAUCUCGCAAAGAUCAUCUAAAGAUAUAUAAUAUAUCAAAAAAAAGUGCAAAACGAAUAAGACAGAAGUUGAAAAAUCAAGGUGCGAUAUUGUCAUUAAUCAUGCUCAGUAGAAUGGAUGGUAGUGCAGAAUUAACAGAGACACAACAUAAGAAAUAUCAAAAGCUGGCUAGUGAAUACUCAAAACUGCGAGCACGGGCUGGUGUACUUCGAAAUGCUGUUUUGGAUGAACAAUCAAAAGGAGAAAGUUUACGUGAACAACUACGACAAAGUGAAACUGCACUCCGUCGAUCUGAGCAGGAAGUCGAUUCAUUAGGUUUUCGUAAUAGGCAACUCGAGCACAGAGUCGCGGCUCUUCAAGAUGAAAUUGCAAAAAGGGAGGGACGUACUAAAACUGACAAAGAAUAUGUACGAAAACUUUCAAUAGCUGGAAAAGGGCAUGUUCUUGGAGCAGCUGGGGAAGAGGAUAUGGGACAAGAUGCUCUAAUUUUCGAAGAACUACAAAAGAAAAUCAUGGAAAAUGCAGAAUUAACUACAAUGGUUGACGACAAGGAACAUGAGCUACAAAUUCAUGGUGAACGCUUGCUGAAUUUGCAAAAAAUGAUAGAAAAGCGAAACACAGAAUUCACAGAGACCGAAAAGAGUUUCCGCCGAGAUUUUGAAGUAUUGCAGAAGAGAAACGCAGAGCUCGAAAGUAAGCUCGUUGACGCAAUUAGUAUGUUAGGUAGUGAGGAUGCUCUGAGUGCUACUGGUAGUGAUCAUACACCAUUACAUGUUGCUGCGCAGCAUCAUGAUCAAUCAACAUUGUCUACAACAUCAGUACCAACAGCUGAAGAACGUAUUUGCAGUCUAGAAAAAGAAAUGGUUCACUGGCGGACACAAUAUGAAAUUUUAAAAAUUAAUGAAGCUGUAAUGCUAAACGACACAAAAAAUGGAUUGUAUGAAAAUAAUAUUACAUGCUCGUCAGCUAUUGUUCCAGAGUAUAGCAAUUGUAGCUGUAGCAGUACAGCAGCUGGUUUGAUGGUUAAAUCUAGCUCAACGGAAGUAAAAAGCUCACGCGACUCAAAUAAAGAACCAACAUUACCGCCCACAAAAGAACAACUUCUUUAUAACAAUUUUUGCCAAAAAUUUGAACAUCUUUUGAAAUCUAAGUACUUGGCUGAAUCUCGAAUGUUUUCAUACGAAACGGAAGUGGAACAUCUUCAAAUAUGUUUGGAAAAUGCGACGCAUGAGUUAAAUUCAAAGGAUGAACAGAUAGAAAGCAUAAAUCAGGCAUUAAAAAUGCUAGAGGAGGAUUUGGCUACCACACGCAUUAAUUAUGAAGAACAAAUCAGUGUGCUUACGGAACAGGUAAUUAACUUAAGUGAGCAGCUAGCCGCGUCAAAAUAGAAGCAAUUGCUUUGAAAUCGUUUGGCACAUAGCUAAUUUAACUCGCAAAUAAACACCGUUCAAAGAUUAAACAAUAAUUGUAAACUUUUCGAAGAUAGAUACCAUACUUGAAUAUUGUAACGUGCGCAAGUAUAUAUGAUCGUAUUUUAAUUAACUUAGUAUACCGUAAUGGUUGAUCAUUUAGUUAUCUUAAAAUAACAACAUGUUUUCUUGAAUGUUAAUACAGUGACUACUCUAGAUCCCUCGAACGAUUCCUAAAUACACAUUGUGUAUCUUGUAAAACUUUGUAAAUUAAAAAAGCAUAUAUUUAAUAACAACCGGAAUAAUUUAUAUUACUAUAUGUGUAACUUUAUAACAUUUAUAAGAAUUGAUAAAUGGCAAUAUAUAUGACAUUUAUGAAAACAGAAUAAAAAUCAAUUUGACAUCGA